UGUCUGAUAUCUGCUCUACUGAACCUGGAGAGAGAACAUCAUCUGGUCUGAAAGCAGACCUGUCUGAUAUCUGCUCUACUGAACCUGGAGAGAGAACAUCAUCUGGUCUGAAACCAGACCUGUCUGAUAUCUGCUCUACUGAACCUGGAGAGAGAACAUCAUCUGGUCUGAAACCAGACCUGUCUGAUAACAGCUCAGCUGAAUGGUGCUUCUCUAUUGAAUAGUUUAGACUCCCAGGACUUUAAAGAACUUCUAAACAGCUCCAGAUGCUGGCAUCUCCAUCCCCAUCGUCGUCAGGUCAAUUGUCGCAGCUUGGUGCCAGUUUAUACGGGCCACAAAGUGCCCUAGGGUUCCCUAUGAGGGGCAUGAGCAACACCACUGCUCAGUUGAAUCGUAGCUUACCACAGGGCAACCAGCUACCGAGCCAUGUUACCCCUGCCACUGGAGUCGCCCCCACAAUGUCCCUCCAUACUCCUCCCUCGCCAAGCAGGGGCAUCCUACCCAUGAACACGCGGAACAUGAUGAGCACCCCUCAGCAGGUGGGGCGCCAGGAGGUCAUGGUGGGGGGCAUGCCUAGUGGGGGCAGGACCAACAGCCUGGGCAGCUCGGGCCUGGGCAGCUCGGGCCUGGGCAGCCCCAACCGUGCCUCUCCCAGCAUCAUCUGCAUGCCCAAGCAACAGCAGUCACGGCAACCUUUCACCAUCAACAGUAUGUCGGGGUUUGGAAUGAACCGGAAUCCAUCGUUCGGGAUGAACAACUCGUUACCCAGCAACAUCUUCAAUGGAACAGACGGGAGUGAAAACGUGACGGGUCUGGACUUGUCAGACUUCCCAGCGUUAGCAGACCGGAGUCGGAGGGAAGGAGGUGGAAACCCCACUCCUCUCCUCAACCCACUGGCUGGGAGGGCUCCUUAUGUUGGAAUGGUCACCAAACCCUCAAACGAACAGUCCCAAGACUUUUCCAUCCAUAACGAGGACUUCCCUGCACUGCCUGGUCCCAACUACAAGGACGCCACGUCGAACAACGACGACAGCAAAACGAAUCUAAACUCUUCAGGUAAGACUUCCAGCAGCACAGACGGGCCCAAGUUCCCCGGGGACAAGAGCUCAACAGCCCAGAACAACAACCAGUUGAAGAAAGGCAUACAGGUGUUACCAGACGGUCGCGUGACGAACAUUCCCGGGGGCAUGGUAACAGACCAGUUUGGGAUGAUUGGCUUGUUAACGUUCAUCAGGGCAGCGGAGACAGACCCGGGCAUGGUGCACCUAGCACUGGGCAGUGACCUGACAACACUAGGACUCAACCUCAACUCGCCAGAAAACCUGUACCCCAAGUUUGCAUCACCCUGGGCGUCAGCACCGUGUCGACCCCAGGACAUCGACUUCCAUGUUCCAUCUGAGUAUUUAACCAACAUUCACAUAAGGGACAAGCUUGCUGCAAUCAAACUGUCUCGUUAUGGAGAGGACCUGCUGUUCUAUCUGUACUACAUGAAUGGAGGAGACCUCCUCCAGCUGCUGGCUGCAGUAGAGCUCUUCAACCGGGACUGGCGGUACCACAAGGAGGAGCGGGUGUGGAUCACGCGGGCGCCGGGCAUGGAGCCCACUCUGAAGACCAACGCCUAUGAGAGAGGCACCUACUACUUCUUUGAUUGUCUUAACUGGAGGAAAGUAGCCAAGGAGUUUCAUCUGGAAUACGAGAAGCUUGAAGAAAGACCCCACGUGCCAUCCACCUUCAACUACAACCCAGCUCAGCAAGCCUUCUGAGAGACUUCCUUCCCCUCGUACCCAAUCCACCAUGAGAUCCUAGACCUGGUUACUCACAGCAGACAGACGGACAGACCUACAGACAGACAAUGCCGGUGUGGCUGGCUCAGGCAUCCUGCUUUUUAUUCCUCGACGAUCGACCAUCUGGCAAAUUGACUUUAGGCCAAAUGGAGGGAAACCCGGCGACCAUUUUGGCUCCGAGCAGGUCCUUCUUCCCCGAACUGAAUGAUGUGCCGCCCAAUCAGACGCUGGUUUCUCCUUUUUAAUCUUUUUUUUUCUUUUCCUCUUUUUCCUGACCUUUUCUCUUUGUUUUGGUUGGUUGUCAUUUUGAAAACAUUCACAACUUUUUGUUUACACCUCAUUCAUUAGACCUCCCCAUUGGUCACGGAGCACCAUGACAUCAUAAUGCACACACACACCCCCUCUGACAGUAACAGAACAAGGUUGAUCUGUCAUUAUCCAUCAGAAGUGUUGAAAGAACACGGUGACAUGCAGAUAAUACCUCAACACAAUGUUACUCCAGCAGAGUGGAAAACCCACUGACAGACUGACACAGACAAGAGGCCAGGAGAAAAUGCAAUGUUCAUAUUGUAGCUCUAUUUCGUAAUAAAAGAACACAAAAGAU